AUGCAUCGCACAUGUGCUGCUUGUGGUCGCAGUCUCCCUCAGUCAUCCUACACGGCCAACCAGUACUCUAAGCCUCCUGGAGUCUCUCGAUGUGCGACCUGCGUCCAUGGACAUCGCGGUGAUCCCGUAUCGGCAGGACAAUCCAACAGCGGUAGAUACAAUAAUUCCAGCAGGGGCUCCAUCCCAAUCUCCGCUUUGGAGAAUCCCUUUGCUCAAGGUGCUUUCCGCUGGGUGGCCAAGGGGAACUACACGUCGGGUUCUCGCGAGGGCCAAGCAUGUGUUGUUAAGUGGUUCAAGACUGGGGCAGUCUUCUCAGAUGAUUAUUUCACUCUCGAUAUCAAAGCUGUCGACAAGGCCUUGGAGCUUGUCAAUAGGUUCAAUGAUUUAAAUAUCAUAGACAAAGUUGUCAAAAUCAACGUGCCGGAAGUAUGGUGCUUCACCGACGACAGCAGCGACGACUGGGCAGGACAGAAACAUCUGUGUGAGCCUUUUAUCCAAAACUACCAGAAGUUUAAUAGCAACACCGGAUGGAAUGAUGACUCUAGGGCAUGGGGAGAGGUCAUGCAAGCCCUAAGCCACUUUAGCUACCACAUCACGGGCGGAAACUAUGUUCUAUGCGAUCUCCAAGGCGGUAUUUACCAGCACGAACUUGUCCUGUCAGACCCCGUCAUCCUAUCCCGGACUCGCGAGUACGGGGUCACUGAUCUUGGUCCCGACGGUAUUAGCUCGUUCUUCAGUCAGCAUGCUUGCAACGACUUCUGUCGCCCAAACUGGACUCAACCCGCUAACCCGGUGCAAAGGUUUCGCCCAGUUCCUGGCACCACGAUGAUCAGACGUACGGUCCCCACAGGAUAUUCCCGGCCUGGACAAACAAGGUUUUUUGGCUAG